GUUCGCAACUACUCCUCAGAGCACGGCGAGGAAUCCUUUGAGCACUUCACGGAACGUUUUGUCAAGUUCUUUGACAAUGUGGAUGAUGUCUUUGAGCUUCAACGUGGAUUGAACAACGCCUUUGGUUACGAUUUGGUCCCUUCGCCCUCCGUCAUUGCCGCAGCCCUCAAGGCUUCUAGACGUGUCGAUGACUAUGCCACUGCUGUCCGUGUCUUUGAAGGCUUGAAGGUCAAGACUGGAUCUGAUGCCCUUUACAAGCAGUACUUGGAUGAGCUUGCCCCUCUCAAGGCCGAGCUGGGUGUCCAGACCAAGGAGGAAUUGGGACUUUAA